AUGCUUUGGCUUCCAAUACCAUUCACGAUAAGAAUCGUCUCGAAUAUAAUUUACAGAAAAACUAAAACAUCUACAAAUAUACGUUUAGAUGGUCCUCAAUAUGAUGACACUAUUAGUAUUGGAAGCAGUACUGGUGGAAUGUCAUCAAUAAAAUGGUUAAAAGGAGAUUUGAAUUUAAUUAUUCCAACUGAACAAAUAUACUUUGGUUGUGGUUAUCUCACAUUCGUUGGCGGUAGAUUGAAGACUGGAAAUUCAUUGUUAGAUUCAAAAUCUAUUAUUGGUUGUACAGUUGAUAGUCCUGAGAAAAAUAGUGGUUGGCUUAUAAUGCCAAUACGUACAAUGAAAGAAACAGAUGAAAGAUCUUUGGGAGCAUUAUUAACAACUGCAAUAAAUUCUAAUAAUUCAGAAUAUCUACCAUCUGAUUCCUAUGAAACUUUAUUAAACUGGGUUAAAGAUAAUCUACAUUCAGAUUUUUAUAUAAGUUUAAAAUCAACAAACGUCUGUAGUCCAUUUGUGAUGACUGUCGAUGUAGAAACAACGAAUCAGUGA